UCUGACGUCACUAACGCGCCGGGAUGCGCUACGGGGGCGUCGCUCGGUGACGUGGUAGCCAUGGAGACCCAGGAGGGUGUCUCCAAGCAAAGCAUACGUGAACGGAUUUGGGACUACAUGGAAUCCCAUGAUAUAGCUGACUUUCCCCGACCUGUCCACCACAGGAUCCCCAACUUCAAGGGGUCCUACCUGGCUGGCCAGAGCAUCAGAGACCUGGAAGUCUUUGCUGGGACACAGGAAAUGAAAGUGGACCCUGAUAAGCCCCUGGAAGGUGUCCGCUUGCUGGCACUGCAGAGCAAAAAAACACUGCUGGUCCCAACACCAAGACUGAGAACAGGGCUGUUUAACAAGAUCACACCACCUCCUGGAGCCACCAAAGACAUACUGAGGCGAUGUGCCACCUCCCAGGGUGUGCGGAACUUCAGCGUCCCAGUGGGCUUGGAUUCCAGUGUCCGCGUGGAUUUAGUUGUGGUGGGCUCUGUUGCUGUGUCUGAGAAAGGCUGGCGAAUUGGGAAGGGAGAAGGCUACGCUGAUCUCGAGUAUGCCAUGAUGGUGUCCAUGGGAGCCGUCCACGAGGGGACACCAGUCGUCACGAUUGUCCACGACUGCCAGGUCGUUGACAUCCCUGAGGCUCUUCUGGAGGACCACGACCUCACGGUUGACUACAUCCUCACUCCCACCAGGGUCAUCACUACAGGCUGUGCACGCCCAAAGCCAACAGGCAUCAUGUGGUCCAAGGUCAGCUGUGAGAUGCUUACGAAAAUCCCAGUGCUCAGGAGCCUCCGUGAGCGAGAGAAACGGGCUGGGAAGGAUGUCGCUCUUCAGGCCGAGCCUGGCAGCCAGCAGCCAGCUCCAAGCACUGUCAGGAGACCCCAGGAUAGACCACAAGCAGGUUUCCGAGGAAGGUCCCAUAGUCCCCUGCAGGGGACGGACACCCAACUAGCUGCCACUGUGUGCGUGGGAAACCUGCCCUACAAUACUCGUGUGCGUGAGCUGAAGGGAGCCCUCCAGGAGCUGGGGGCAGUGCCCCUGAGGCUUACCUGGCAGGGGCCACAGCACAGGGCAAUUCUACACUAUACAGACUCAGCUGCUGCCCAGCAGGCUGCCUCUCUCCUACAGGGCCUACGUCUGGGUGCCAACGCCUUGAGGGUGUCACUGGGGCAGCAGAGGGAUAUGUGACCUGGCGAGCUGCCCCCAGCAGGAGAGUCACACCUUUUCUGCUGGGAUGUGUGUGCCGUGUGACAGUUUGCCAUUGGUGAUGACCUGCUGCUGUGUAAGGCUCCUGCUCUGUUCUUCCUGGGAAGAGACCUGGGUAGGGACUUCCAGGAUGCUGCAGGCUCUGGCCCAUUCCAGUUCUGGGUCUUGUGACGUCCACGUGAUCUUCUCCGGGUGCAGAAGGUUCAGGGCAGAGCAGACCAGACAAGAGGUAGACAAUGGAGACCUGUUUCAGGGUGUUUGAGGACGAGAGCCGAGACCUGCAGAGAAGAGGCCAUGCCUGGCAGGGAUCGAGGGCAUGUGGCAGAGCCGGGUGACCUUGCGACCACUGGAGAACCUCUAGCCCAUCAGAACAGGAGUGGGAAGGGUGGGGCUUCUGCCCUGUGUUGUGUGCAUGCAUGGUGACAUCUACCCAGGCUGCUUAGAGCCACGCUGUCUGUCAGGUGAGGAUACGAGGAACAUGGCUGCCUGUGCUCUCCCAAAAGCACUUGUGCCAUUGAUCCCAAGGAAAAACAUAAGCAUUUAGGUGGAGAGUUUAUUUUGUUCAAAUCUGCAUGCCUGGCAAGUUUCUUGUUUUUACUGGGUCUUCCACAGUGUCUGUUAGCACCGUCCUCUGCCCCGGAAUAUUCAUAUAAUUGUACUCAUAUUAAAGGAAAAGAAUUUAUGAUAUACA